AUGUCGCCCGUUAUUGAUCUAGGAUCACUGAGGAGGUCUCCGCUGGUGAACCGAGUGAGGAAUGUAUACAGAAGCAACGCGCCUGACUCGGCACUGGAAACUCUUAGAAUGGAGUCCGUGAAUCUUUCGCACAUUCGAGACCUUUCAACUGGCUUCAAAAGCUCGAGUUCGGACUCGAGCGAGGGCAGUUUCCAGAGGAUCAACUUCGCCCACAGAAAAAGGUUCAACGAAAACGUGUUGAGAAGAAGCAGAUCGAGAUCGAGUGAAUCUGCGAAGCUGGACAGAAAGAACACGUUUUCACAGCAGGAGAAGAGGAAAAACUACGGGGAAGACUCGGCAAGGUCGUCGCUGGACGAAUUUGAAAGCCCACUGGAUUCGGACUAUAAGACGCCAAACAGGUCUCCUGAGAACCAGAGCCCGCUGGACAUUUUGUUAAACUACAGGUCCUUGUCGGAAAGGUCCGACGACUUUAAGGACGCUCUGAGUCUGAGUUCGUAUAGUAGUCUCCCGUCAGAAUAUGUUAAAGUGGAGAGGAGUCCGGAGAAGAUUGUGGUUAAGUCUGAAGCACGGAAGGGAACUGUGCUAAGGCGUUCUUGCAGUGGCAGCAAUGCGGAGUUGGUUGGCACGUCGGACAAGAACGAGUUGGAUGAUACCAGUGGACUAAAGAGUGGCGAUAAGGGCGCGGAAGGCAUUGAACGCCUGAGUUACUCAUUCGAUAGGAGCGGCUACGUGUUUAGAAUAUUCUUUGAGCCGAAGCUGUCGACCUUCAAGGACACAAAUCUGGUCCCCUCUAGAGUAAUAGUAAACAGAACACCCUUUGUUAUAGGCACGGAUCCCACGUGCGACCUGGUGUUGUCGAAGAAAAAGUUUAAAUUCAUAGCACCCAAACACUGUAAAAUAACAUUUCAAUCCUCCUCAGCCUUCGGAGUCGGUUCACCUAAUAGGAGUUUUGGUGGCAUCGUCCCAUUUAGAGUGAAGAUAGGUAAACAUUCGUCAAACUCGGUGAUUUACGUGAAUAAUUUCCUACUUAGAAAGGACCAUUACCUGGAAAACGGAGACCUGGUGUCAUUGGGGCAUAAAGACUGUAAUAUAACAUUUAGAAUAGUGUUUCAAAACAGGAAGGAGUGCCAACUGCUGAAAAAUGCACACCCGGAAAACGACGAUAGAAUAGUGUUGUUCGAAGACAAAAACAUCACGGGAGUAAAAAUAUUCGUGUUCCAAGUGUUUAACUACAACGUUAACGCGAACUACGAGGAAACAUGCGAAGAGGACGAAAAGGAGGAAGACUUGGAUGAAAUAUCAGAAAGUGGCCAUCCUGAUAAGGUUGAAAGGGAAUCAGAAGAGUACGAGUCGCAGUAUAGACAGUCUGAAGGUGAGGUCCGGCAAGGCAUGGGAAGUAGAGUGAUGAGUCGCCAGAGGGAGACCGAAGAGUACUAUAAGCUGAAAAGCCCGAUGAGAAACUACAAUGCGCUGAGGUCGCCGGCGAAAAGGAACACCAGAGACGUGCAGAUAAAAAACCUGGAGGCGUUUAAGCCGGAGGCACUGAUCGAAGUGUACAGCAGCUCGGAAAGAAUGAUGAGUGCACUGAGUAGCUAUAACAUGACGCAGGAGUCGAAUUGGACAAAUGAUCAGUACGACAGUCAAAGCAGCGCGUACGAAAGUCAGGGGAACGUGCUGGGAAGCCAGGGAACAGUUUAUAACAGCCAGAGCUACUACACGGCGAGUCAGAACAGCACAGGACUGAACGAAGACGAGUACAUGGACAAGGUGAAGUUCCUGAAGUCGAUCAUCCCGAACAACUUCCCAAUCGCAAUAGAUACAGCCAACAGCGUGAGCGGGUCAACGACGCCGAGGACCGGCAAAACGCGUUACAAACUGAUAGGAAUGGUUGACGCGUCGAAUAACAUGAACAUAUCGGAAAUACUGCCGAGCAUCGACGAACUGGUGAGGAGGAACAUCGACGAGGGGCUGGUGAACUUCCAAGUGGUUCUGAAGAAGUUCAACACGCCGGUCGACAGGAAGAUGCUGGAAAACUCGUGGGUCUUCCAGCUGGAGUUCCUGGACGCAAACAGCCCGAAGAUAAGAAGAGCAAUCUUCAACCACGAAAUGUUCAAGGAGAGGCCACAGGAGCUGGAAAGAGUGCUCAGGGAAAACAAGUGCAGAGUAAUGUACAUUAAAACAGACUGA